CGAUAAUCCAACACCACAUUCACUUCUAUUUCUUCACUCGUUCGCCGCCUUUCUCUCUUGCUCUUUCCCUCCCCCUCUAUCGCGGCUUAAAGUCUGGACCUUUACAGUCACUACCAACCACACUCCCUCACCACAUUUGCUCAACACUCGACAUCUCUUUACAACCCUCCUUACCGAAACUACCAAACAACUACAAUCAAAAUGCAGAGCAUCCUCACCCUCGCCGUCGCUGUCGCGCUCUUCACCUCUAAUGCGCUGGCGCACAUGGAACUCAAGACUCCUUUUCCGAUUGGCAGCAAGUACGACACCACAAACACCGGUUCGGCCGUUGACUACGACAUGAUGCGCCCGAUGGCGAUUGAUGGCUCCGACUACCCGUGCAUGAACGCCCACCACGCCGGUGGUCAUGUCACCGCAACUUACAAAGCGGGACAGACGUAUUCGAUUGAACUCGUUGGCUCGGCGCCUCACAACGGUGGUUCUUGCCAGCUGUCGCUAAGCUACGACAACGGAGCCAGCUUCAAGGUGAUCAAGAGCAUCAUCGGCAACUGCCCCGUACAGACCAGCUGGGACUUCACCGUUCCUACCUCUGUUCCCACUGGCGAGGACGUCCUCUUCGCAUGGAGUUGGAUCAACAAGACCGGAAACAGGGAAAUGUACAUGAACUGUGCGCGGGUCAACAUUGAGAAUGACGACUACGCGGCCUCCGAAACCUCGUUCGAGUCCCUCCCAGCCAUGUUCCGAGCCAACAUCUUCAGCGACACUUGUCUCGUUGACGAGAAUGUUGAUGUUGUCUACCCCAACCCUGGUGAGCAGGUCGAAUACGGU